AUGGACAAUAGAACACCCCUGCCUCCUCAAUCGCCAGUACCAGCAGAGUGGCCGACGCUUCCCCCAAGAGGCCCAAGUCAUCAGCAUCGGUGCAUUCCAGUGCUUCUGGCAGCUCUGCAAGUUCCAGCGGCUCCUCCAAGGUCAGGCAAGAAAAAGUCCAAGAGGCCCCUGUCCGGCCUUUGCUGCUCCAUUGCUGUUGGAGAUGUUUCCCUCGUAGUGGCAAAGGAUAGUGAAGGUCCAGAUCCAGGGACGUCUACUUCAGCGGCCCCCAGUCCUGCAGUGAGUCCCGCCGCAACUGGCAGAGCCAACCUUGCGCACUCCGAAAUCUCCGGAAGUCUCAAGAAAGAUGCCAAUCAGAGUGGAGAAUCUCCAGAUGCCAAACCUACGGAGUUUCAGCAGGAAACUUCCCUGGGGUCUGACACCGAGCCCCCUGACCCUCUGCUUGUCCCUUCAGUAUGGGUGGAGCCCAGCAAGAGCACUUCGAGCCUGAAGAAGAAAAUUGGGGCCAGUAAAGGAGAGGAGAUGCUUCUGCUCGAAAAGAGGACUCCACGCUCUGACAAUCAGGAUGAUUCCGACCAAAACCAGACUGCUGGAAGCCAUGAGAGCUUCAAGGAUUUCAGAGACACGGUCAAAAACACAAAAAAUUCCACAAUUAAAACACGUAAACCGAUAACAAGUGAAAGAAUUUCACAGAUGUCAAGAUUGUUAAUCCCCCUUUUGUCCUAAACGUCGCCAAUUUGGAGUGUGAUCAAAUAAGCCCUUUUUAUCGAAUAUGCCCCUUUAUAAGAGGAUAAAAUCUUACAGGAUCACCGGACAACUUGUAUCCAACAAAAAUCUCUCCAUAUUAGCAAAAACAUACAGCGUGUGCAGAUUGCCAAAAUAAUAAUAGUAAAAAACUUUGAUCUUCCAGUGCCCCUUCAAUCAGAAUUUGUACAAGUCUCUUUAAUUUCGCCCAACAUUAUAACGUGUAAAGAGGCAGACCACCCAAAGACUGUAUGGUGUUAUACGAUCUUUACUGCUGCCAAAAUUCAUUUUUCCUUUUACAUACAGCCAAUUUAGUAAUUAAUCCAGGUCAUCUACACAAGCUGAACUGAAAUUUGCUUGUUAGUCAUAUCAGAUUUCUUAAAAUAGAUCACUAACAAGCAGUAAAUUUUACCCAAUACAUUUGAAACCUAUAAUAUAUUUGGCAUAUCAGCCAGCUAAAAACCAUUCACGUGAGCUUUAUUGAAAUAUACAUGUUGGUAUUAUCCUGUACCCAGAAUUAACAUUGUAUCCUACAAACAGUAAGAUUCAGAUCUCAUAUACUGAAGUUACUGUAGUUAAUAAACUGUUUUCAUGAGCAAUGGCAUAUUCCACGAAUUGUGUUCUGUACUUAAUUGAAGCCAAGUUUAAACAAUCAACAAUGUUGUAGAAUAAGGGUGAUCUUCCCUCAACAUUUAUUUUGUUUUAUGGUUUCGGUUUGUUUGUGUUGCAUCUCUCUCCGUCAAGCGGGUGCAAAGUGGCCUGGAAUGCAUACUCAAGGCUGGCGCUGAGAGUUCCAAAUUUGGAAUGGAAAAAAAAUAGCGAAUCGACCACUGCUUUACUUGUAUUCAUAGCCCCAUUUUGUAAUUUACUUCCAACAAGACAACAGUGAUAUUUGUCAAUAGGCCAACAAAACCCAAGCUAUGCAUCUGCACCUCCCUCUUUCCCUUUUCUUUAAUCUUCCAUGUAGGCAACUUCUAUCUGCAUGCAUAUGCAUAUUGGAUUUGGGCACCAUUAUCUUCCUUUUUUCUCGUGUAAUAUCACUGGUGAAAAUGUGCCAGACCGUGUUUGCACAAAUCUCUUCUGUUUAGCAAAAAUAUCGGAGUCCCACUACUGUCAUUACUAGCCAGAUGAGCAACAAAUAAUGUAAAAAUGUGCUGUACAUAAAAAUCAGCUUAUUAUAAAAGUUCUGCCUAUUUAAAUGCCAACAUUACACAUAGUUACAUGUAUUUGCAGAAGAAGACUUUUUAGCUCAGCAUAAUCCGUAAGAAAUGCCCAUCAACUAUAUUCCAUCCCUCACCUGUUAAGACCAUUUUAAC